ACAAAACAAUUUAAUACGUAGAUAAUGGUGGACGUUCAGUCGUUAUGUGAUGAUGGCAAAAAGUUUGCUACUGAAGCAGUGAAAUAUGAUCAAGCUGGUGACAUAGAGCAAGCAAUAUUUUUUUAUUCAGAAGCUUCUGAUGCUCUUUUAAAGGCUUGCUCCGCCGAUGAGAGUUUGAAUGUUCGUAAUACAGUUAAAAAGUAUAUUGCUCGUGCGGAAGAAUUACAUAAAUACAAAGGCAAUGAUAAUGAAAAGAAACCUCUAAAGUCAUCACAACAGAAAGAUUUGGAGAAAGCACAUUUCUUCCUUCAACAAGGCCUUGCUGAAGAUGAGAAGGGUAGAAAAGAUGAGGCAAUACCGUUGUACACAAAUGCUGCAGAUAUAUGCCUAAAGGCUUGUAAAGGGCUAGAAGAAGGAGAUUUAAAGUCCAAACUACAAUCUUUGGCAAGAAAUGCUAUUGAAAGGGCAGAGGCAAUCAAGAGUAAAUCACCAGCAAAAAAGGAUACUCAGCUACAAUCAUCACUGCCAUCAACAUCAAGUGGAAAUCAAAACAAAAUCAGCAAAAAGCCAUCACUGACAGACAAGGAGCUUGAGGUGUUAAAGAAAACCUCUUAUAUUAAUGGAAAGAAAUAUCUUCCAUGGUUGGAUAUUGAUGUUAGAGAAAAGUUUGAUUAUGUUCUGGAUAUGUUCAGUGAUCCAGAUGGAAAUCUCCCACUUUCUGUGAAACAAAAAUCACGAUUUGUAAAAUGGGUAAGGCCAAGUGAACUGACUGAUAAUCCAAAGAUGAUUUAUGCCAUCUCAAGUUUAAGUAUCCGUCAGACUGUAGUUACAGAUUGUUCCUUCGUUGCGUCAUUAGCGAUUUCUGCGGCUUAUGAACGAAAAUUCCGAAAAAGGAUUAUCACAAAGAUCAUAUAUCCACAAAACAGAAAUGGAGAUCCGGUAAUUAAUCCAUCUGGAAAAUAUAUGAUCAAACUUUGGGUGAAUGGUGUUUCUCGAAAGAUAAUUAUUGAUGAUAAACUACCUCUGGGUGAUGAUGGUAAAUUGUUGUGCUCAUAUUCUAUGAACAAGAAUGAAAUGUGGGUGAGCUUGAUUGAAAAAGCCUAUCUCAAGGUUAUGGGGGGUUAUGAUUUCCCUGGUUCAAACUCGAACAUUGACCUUUAUGCAUUAACUGGAUGGAUACCAGAGCGUGUUUCAAUAAAGUUGGAUGACCCUGAUGCUGAACUCGAUACCCUCUUUAAUCGUCUUUUCGUCGGCCUACACCAAGGUGAAUGUUUGAUAACGGUUGCCACUGGUAAUUUGGGUGAUUUAGUCGCUGAACGAGCAGGUCUUGUUCCUACACAUGCUUACGCUGUUUUGGAUAUUAGAAAAAUAAAGAACCUGAAACUUUUGCAGCUCAAGAAUCCAUGGACGCAUUUAAGAUGGAAGGGAGCUUAUUCCGAGAAUGACAAAGAGAAUUGGACUCCGGAGUUGCAAAAAGCAUUAAAUUUUGAUCGUAACAGUGCAAUUCGGGUUGACAAUGGUGUUUUUUGGAUUGAUUGGAAACAUUUGUUGAACUAUUUUGACGUACUUUACGUAAACUGGAAUCCAAAAACUUUUCUAAAUCGCUAUGUUCUACACUCAACGUGGAAAUCUGCAGACGGACCAGUUAGGGAUUCCUAUAAUUUAGGUGAAAAUCCUCAAUAUAAACUGCAAAUAAAUGUGACAUCUGAGAAGUCACCAGUUGUAUGGAUUUUACUAAGUCGACAUAUUCUUGACAGGGACGACUUUGCAAACAACAAAGAAUUCAUUACAGUUCAUGUUUAUAAAUCAUCUGGACAAAGAAUUUAUCAUCAGGAAAACUGCUACAUUGAAGGAAUAAAGAUCAACAGUCCUCAUUAUCUUGUUAAAUUGAAAGCGGACAAGACAACUAACACGUUCACGUUGGUGAUUUCACAAUAUGAAAAACACAACACGAUUCACUAUACGUUAAAGGUAUUUUCUUCAGCUGAUUUUAAAAUUUCACCUGUCCCAAAUCCUUAUAUCUGUCAUAAACAGGAGACAGGUGAAUGGAAAGGCAUUACGGCUGGUGGUUGUGCAAAUUAUCCUGCAACGUUUGGAAAUAAUCCCGUAUAUUUCUGUGAAUUAGAGGAAUCAGCUUCUAGUAAAACAUUGAGUGUUUGCGUAAAAAUUCGUGGCCCUAGGCAAUAUGCUGUUGGUUUUACUGUUAUAUCGCUACGUUCAUCUGGUGGCUCUCCCAGUUUUAGAAAAACUGUUGAUUCAUACAGGACUGGGUUCAACGUCCUCGAGAUGUCUGAUGUACCCCCCGGAUCAUAUCACAUUAUUCCUACGACAUUUCAACCGCAUUGUGAGGGUCCAUUUAUUCUUGAAGUAUCCUCAUCAGCCAAACUCACUCUCAGAAAACUCUGAUGUUGGUUGUAUUUGAUAAUUUUAGAGAUAUUUUUGUAUUUAAAUGCAUGCAUAUGUACAUAGUGAACAUCGUGAUAGGUUCCUGCAGAAGACCAAAGUCUGUAAACACGAUAUUAUUUACUUAUGUCAUGUAAACAUACGUCACAAUUUAAGUUUUUUUGUGAGAGGAAGUCGGCAUAAGAUUGUGGUUAUGGUAAACAAUGAUAUCAAAUAUAUCAUUGGAGACAGUUGUCUGCGAGAAAUAAAAUGUUUCUAUCGAAACGUUAUAAUUUUCUCAAGUUUUAAAUCAAGAGCUAAUAGAUCCUUUGCUUGUUUUAAAAUUUAAGAGUAAAAUAACCUCUAAAGCUAUAGUUUAUUUAUCUCUAAGCUUAAUCUUUGUAUUUGCUGAAAAUAGACUGACACAUACAUCAAGCUGUGUAGUGGGUUAUCAUGUCCACUAUAUCAUUGUAAAAAUUUAAAACUGAAUUUAGAUUUGAAAUUAAUGAAAUUCUUUGAAAAACACAAUGAUUAAAACGAUUAAUUGUACAAAUAAUUUUCACCAGUACAAAGUAAAUGAUUUAAGUCAUCAA